UUCAUUUCAUAGUUUUUAUCGUAACUGGUAGCAUAUGAAAUAAAAUCAUAAAAACCGAUAAAGUAUAAAAAACUAGAAAAAAAAAAAAGAUUUUCGCUUUAACAUUUACUGAAUUGAUUUAUCUUUUGUUAUUUUAAUUUUAGUUUACUUGGUAACUGAAUAUGUCUUUGGAUGAGGAAUUCAAUGCCGCCGCUGAGCGUAUUAAAACGAUGACUAAACGACCCAAUGAUGAAGAAUUUUUAGAAUUGUAUGCCCUUUUUAAACAAGCUAAUAUGGGUGAUAAUAAUACUAGCAAGCCAAGUCUAUUCGAUUUAAAAGCUAAAGCCAAAUGGGAAUGGUGGAAUAAACAGAAAAAUAAAUCGCAAGAUGAAGCGAAAAAGGAGUAUAUUGCAUUUGUUGAGAGGAUGAUGUCAAAGUAUGCCUAAAUGAGGCGUAUAUUCAAAAGAGUGAAAGUUAGAAAUUCAAUUAAUUGAAUAUAUUACGUUCUUCUAAAAAAAUUUUAAAAACUGCUCGAUUUUUUGCUU